AACAGUGUUGCCAACCGUACGAGAAUUCUCGUACAAAUACGAGAUUUAUGGUCUUCCGUACGAGGUACGAGAACACUACACAUCUCGUACAACUAUGUACGAGAUUUUGUCAGAUAAACUUGUUGGAACAUAAACUUCAUUAACUAACAUAUGGUUAGUUGACCUGUUUGCAAAACGUGUACGAGGUUCGAAAGCAAGAUUAUAUGAGAUUUUUAGUUGCAUGUAUACGAGAAAAAAAUAUUCUACGGUUGGCAACCCUCUUUCGUAACAUUAUUGUCAAAGAACUAAGAAGGAAAACAUUAAAAAAAAGUGAAGUGAAAGUACAUAAAUCAUGGAACCCAAAUCAACGACUUUUGCACUGGAAAAUGGCUUGGAUUUGAAGCAGCUUGUUUCUACUGGGUCAGUCUUACAUAUAAAUGAGGAUUAUGAUGACAACUGUAUAGAAGCAGAAAAAUCUGAAUCAAAACAAUUGGAUUUUAUAGGCCAACCUGUGGCAAACUUUCAAGAAUUAGAAAAAUCUAUGACUCCAGUGGAUGAAAAUGGAUUUGUAAAGAAAAAAGUUGUUGAAGAAGGAGGUGGUCUUCCAGUUUGUGAUGGAAAUACUGUGUCUGUAGCUUUUUCUGGUUACUGGCAAGAUAGUAUGGAACCCUUUGAUGCUCAAAGCUUGCACAAACCAUUGGUUGUGGAUUUGAAGGACAAUGGUUUAUUACCUGGUUUUGAGAGAGCGAUUAGAUCAAUGCUGGUUGGAGAACUUUCAAUAUUCCUGUUUACUCAUGAUCUGAUGUAUGGGGAGAUGGGAGUGCCUCCAAGGAUAAAGCCUAGAGCUAGGAGUAUAUUUUAUGUGAAGCUAUUAAAAAGCAUAUUUACUGCAAAGGAAGGAAAAAUAGACUUCUCUGAACCUAAUAUGUUUCGAAGAGUACACCAUGAAGUUAAGAUGUUAUACAGUUCAGGAAUGACUUUAUACAAGACACAAAAUUUUCCUGCCGGGCUACAGCUGUUCAGAAAAGCAGUGUUCAUGUUGCACAAAUGUAGACUAGCAGAUGAAACCGAAGAGAAGGUUCAGGAGAAGAUGCUUAUUAAGUUGUACAUGAAUCUAGCCAUCUGUUAUAAUAAAACCAAACAGCCUUUAAAGGCAUGCACAGCUUGCAAUGAACUAAAUAGAUUAAACAGUUUAUGGAACAAUGGUAAAGCAUUGUUCCAAAAUGCUAAAGCUCUAAGAAUGAUUGGACAAUUUGAUGCUGCAGAGAAUAGAUUAAGAAGAGCUAUGAAAUUGUGUAACAAUAAAGAUAUAGAGGCAGAAUUAAAAUUGUUGCUGAAAAGCAAAGAAACCUGUAAUCAAUCAAAAAUCUUUGUUAAAAAUUUCAUUGAAACUAAUAUAGAUCUAGUGACUGAUAAUUUUAAAAAGGAAGUAGAAAAUUUGAUAAAGAAUUUUAAGGAAAAUAAUGAUUUGUGUAAACUCAUAAUGCCACAAGGACUUAAUUCUUCUGAAGUUGCCUAUAUUAAAGAAGUUUGUAUAAGAGAGAAUUUAUUCUUUAAUAAAAUUAAAACUGGUAUAAAUUGCGAUGGAGAAGACUUUCCCCAAAAUAAAAAUAAGGCAGAAGAGUUCAAAGAAAAUUAUGCAUUGGACAAGUAUGAAGAUAAUUUUAGUAGUACUACAAAAAUCUUUUCAGAUGAAAAUGAUUAUGAUGAACAAGUAUUAUUUUAAUAUAUAAAUUAGCAAUUGGUUAUAUUUUUUUUCAUUUAAGACAGUUUUAUUUUUAUUUAUCCAUAGUAUGUAGUUACGUCUGUUCACUCAACCGGAACGUCAAGUCAUCAUAACUUGCCUGGCGAUGUUGAUCCCACCAUAACCCGGAGUCAGCAUAACAUUUUCUAGAAGCCAGACGCUGAAUCGACAGACGGAAACUGAUAAGCUCAACUCGGGCUGUUAACAUGUUCUCUUAGCUUUUGUAAAUUAGUUCAUAGUUAGUCUUAAGCUGGCAGUUGGAACGAAUGAACGUCUCCCUUAAAAAUAAAUUGUAUAUUUAAAAGAUCCCUCGGCUCGCCCACGUCUUGACUGGCGCACCCGGUAGGAUUUCCGCGUCGCGUAUAAACACUUAACUUCAGUGUCGCGUCGAACGUUUUCACACGUUUUCUACGGGAAUCCAACGAACCAAAUAAAUAAGUCAAAGACAGCAAGAGCAAUUCUGCACGACUCAAGCUCCGGAGGAUCGUCGCUUAGACUCAACGAGUGAUAUGGGCAGUCUGCACGUCCUCGUCCUCCUGGUGGCGUCUAUGACGACUCGACUCUGCAAGCAAGAAUUGAAUAGGAAUCCCGGAAUUUUGCCCCUAAGAAAUGGAGUUGCCGUGCUUAGCAAAGACAAAUGGAUAAUCGCUAAGGUAUUGGACUUCACGCCUAUUAGAGAAGACCUGAAGUUCAACAUCGAUCGACUCACUGAAUUAGAUAAAUGGAUUCUCUACAGUAGAAAUGAAGAAUUGCUUACCAGUAACUGCAUUGGUGAAAUAUACCGGCAAAAGUUUCGAGGUACAUUCAUACUCACCCUGGACGAUCCAAGUGAAGUAAAGAUUUCAGACAUAACCCUGAAAAUGCAUCAGAUAAAUACAGAAAAUAUAACGUAUGUGAAAUUACCGAUAAUGAACUUACCUGCAGUAUACUUGCCUGAUGAAAAACCAGCUGCAGAACCCCUAGACCUGAAAGGCGUUGACCUAAAAGACUUGAAACUUCUAUCAUUCACCAUGAAGAAGAGUGUUAGUGAAAGACGUGAAUGUGAAAAGUCAAUUAUUGAAGUGAACAGUGUAAGCGUUUGGACACUGAUUUUUUAUCUUAUAACUUUUGUAUUACUCUGUAUCUUAGUUCAUAAGUAUCGUUUGAAAUUGCUUGAAUUAUGUAAUCGAAGUUCCCCUAAGAAGCGAACUUCCAUCUUAAGGAGGGAAGAGUUACGUCUGUUGACUCAACCGGAACGUCAAGUCAUCAUAACUUGCCUGGCGAUGUUGAUCCCACCAUAACCCGGAGUCAGCAUAACAUUUUCUAGAAGUCAGACGCUGAAUCGACAGACGGAAACUGAUAAGCUCAACUCGGGCUGUCAACAACAUGUUCUCUUAGCUUUUGUAAAUUAGUUCAUAGUUAGUCUUAAGCUGGCAGUUGGAACGAAUAAACGUCUCCAUUAAAAAUAAAUUGUAUUUUUAAAAGAUCCUUCGGCUCGCCCACGUCUUGACUAUGUGACCAAUCAAAUACAUCCAUAGGACUUCUCAAAAGCAUUCGAUUCGGUGAGGUGGCCAGUACUUUGGGAGACUCUUCUGGACAUUGGAACACCAAAACACCUUGUUCACCUUUUGAGAGGACUAUACGAAGACGGAACAGCCUCAGUUAGAGCAGACGACAUUUUAUCGGACCAGUUCCACCCCAGUGUCGGAGUCCGACAAGGUUAUAUUGUUUCCGAUACUGUUUAAUACCUACACAGAACUCAUUAUGAGAAUAACACUCGAGAUUUGUUCAGGCGGAAUCAGUAUUGGAGGCUAUAAGACUUGCAAUAUGAGGUAUGCGGAUGACACACUGUUUGCAACAAGCACCAGUAACAUGGAAUUUUUCAUAAGCAAAAUGGAGCAAGUUAGUCGUGAUUUUGGCCUGAAAAUAAAUCUUAGUAAAACCAAGAUUAUGAUGAACUCGCCAGAAGUCACUUAAAUCGAGAACUGCGAUGUCGUACAGUUAUAAGUCUACCUUGGAGCACUGAUUUUGGGCAACGGUGGAUGUGCAGAUGAAGUCAAGCGGUGCAAGGCAAUCAGGAGUCAGCUAUGGACAAACUUCAAAAAAUAUGGAGAAACGGGAACAUCACAAAAGCCACGAAAACACGACUCAGGGCAUAAGUGUCCAUAUUCCUCUAUGGUGCUGAGACGUGGACCUUGCGAGAGAGUGAGAAAAAGAAGAUAGACGCUCUAGAAAUGUGGUGCUGGAGGAAAAUGCUUGGCAUACAGUGGACACAAUUCCGAACCAAUGCAUCCAUCCUCCAGGAACUGUCUAUCAAACAACGUCUUUCUUCCAUCCUACAAGAUCGUAUUCUAACUUUUUUUGGUCACAUCUCACGCCGAGAUGAUGCGUCAGUAGAACGACUGGUGGUGCAGGGCAAAAUCGAAGGCGUAAGGUCGCGCGGCAGAUCACCAAUGCGCUGGACCGAUCAGAUAAAAGCGGCACUGAACGGUCCACUUUACGAGUCCACGAGAAAGGCCGCAGUGCGGAAGAAAUGGCGGCGUAUUGUGAGGUGUGCCACCAACCCUGAUGUGACGACCACGACCAUUCUGUUGUAACCCCGAAGAAGAACUACGUGAAGGGACAGACAUCAAGUAGUCAAGCUAUCCAGAAUUGUUUUUUUUUACUUAGAGGUUUAUUUAGUUUGAUACAAGAUUCACUAGUGAUUUUUUAAAAUUUAACAUUGAUGGGGUGCCAACCGAUUGUAUCUGAGGUCCAAGCACGAAUUUUGACAGCUCCGUAAUCGUAUUGUCAUCUUCAAAAUUUGUAUGGAAAAACCUAGUUUGAUCUUCCGUCCGAUAGGGACGUUGCUUAGUUUUCAUAGAAACUGACGAUGCGAUACGAUUACGGAGCUGUCAAAAUUCGUGCUUGGGCCUCUGAUGCUUAGGUAAGCAAAAAGGCCGGUGCUGACUGACGUCGCGGCAAGGCAAGCAAGACGAAGAAUACUGUGAUAAGUAUGUUUCGGCAUUACGUAGAAAGCCCCACUCAAGAGCCUGCUGAAGUCACCGCCGCCGCGCCCGUUCAAACCUUAUAUCAAUUAGUUUAGCAUUCUUAUUAAUUUAACGUUUAUAAGUGACCACGAGGAGCCGGUUGGCGCAAGUGGUUAGCCAGUUCGGUAUGCGAUCUUGGAAGUUAAGCAACUUUUGCAAUGACCAGUUCUCGGAUGGGUGACCAAAAAUUUAAAAACUCAAGCACCAUCGCGCUUUGCAAGGCACGUUGAACCGUUGCUCCCGGCUUCCAGAUUCAUUCGUUAGCACCCAAUAAUCGGCACUGGACCCGCAUGGGUGCUCAUGGCCCAAUCUCCCUAUCCAUCCAUAGGGAAGGCAUGUGCCCCAGCCAGCAGUGGGAAUAUCAAUAGGCUGAUGAUGUUGAAGAAGUAACCUAACGGAAUGCGGUGUCGUGCCGAAGCUACCUGUGGAAUGAAACUACAUUACGCGUAGCUUGGGUCUCAUUGUAUAGAAAUAGUGCAAAUGAAUAUUAAACUAUUAAGACUAAAUUCCCCCCUAGCAUGAGCAUCGCGAUUUGAGCAAGUUUAACAGUGAAAUGCGAUGAAAAACGCGAUAUAACGUAAAUUUUGGUGCUUAUGCAACGGGGGACUGGUAUAUUUAUUAAGUAUGUAGAUAAAGAGUGAGAAAGUGCUCGCCGCGUUGUCGCUGCCAGUAGGCACUAGUGUUUUUUUUGACCAAAUAAAAAUCCCUCUUCUGUCACUGUAAUUGAUCAAGGGACACACUUCAAAUAUACGAGUAAAAUACCCAAGUGUCUAUCUUAAAUACUUUUUUUUUAUAAAAAUCAUGAACUUUACGUGACCCCAUCAUGAAAAAAUGAUAAAAUAAAUUCUGGAAGCGUGACCGACAACGAUACUUAUUUUAAAUAAAUAUAAUUUUACAGAAUACGCGUCAGGUGCGGGUUUUGAAACUAAGUAUUCGAAAUUGAGGUCUCAAAACGGCGUAAUAUUUAAUUUGUGGUUUUUAUUACUUUUCUUCAAAAGUGCGACCUGCGACUAUAAGGAUAAUAGCUUAUAAUAAGGUCUAUCACUAAUAAAAAUACCAAUUCGCAUUAUUGCGGUUUUUAGGACAAAUAAAAUUUCACAUCGUUAGGGUUGGCACUUUAUCAUGCAAAGUUCAUAUUUUUUUAUAAAAAAAAACAUAGACACGUGGGUGUUCAACUCGUAGGUUUUAAACGUGUCCCUUGAUUAAUUACAGUGAUAAACAGAAGGGAAUAUUUUUUGGGCCAAACAAACGCUGUGAAUUCACUCUUAAUCCAGUCAUUUCACCUCGGAAUGAUAUAAUAAGCUAGAAAAUUGAAUACGCCUUUGGUGUUCUUACGACAUGUACCGAGCAUUUUAAAAUUUAAUUAUUUUAGACUGCACUGACACCAACACUACUGGAUCGAUUAUGUUGAUAUUUGGUAUAAAGGUAGAUUGGACCCUGGAGACGGUUAUAGACUACUUUUUAUAUUGACAAAAAAACUGGAAUGCGGUAUGAUGGGGGGUGAAAUUUUAUAUGCGAAAUCACACAAGCAAAGUCGCAGGCGAAUAAUGUAAAAUUGUGACCAGUGGUUCUGACGCCAGUGGUUCUCGUAGUAUACGCAAUGUUUAAAUUUCUUUCAUAUGCCAAUAAUUGCUUCUUAUUCUUAAACCCUAGGAACUUUUAAUCUCAUAAACACAUUUCUUUAAUCUGAAAGUAAAAACUUGUACCAAUUUAAAACAAAAAAGAUAAUAAUUACAGGCUUUUUCAAUCUCGUAAAAUGAGUCGGAUAAUGUUUCUGAUUAUCAGUAUAUUUACUAAGUAGUUUACAAAUUACAAAGUAAACAUCCCAAUGCAACAAAAUUAAAGUUUAAUGGAUAAUUACAAUUCUUUAUAUAACUAUUCAAAGACUACAAUCUAUUUUGUGGAUCCAACCUUAGUCUCUCCAAAAUGCAACAUACUUAAAAUAUUGUUAUGAAAAUUCAAAUGCAACUAUACAGACGACCGACCACUAGUUUAUCCGAUGUGGAUGGAUGAUAAAGCAAUUGAGACAGUAUCUUAAACAAUUUAUGGCAUUUAGUUAUGUGUUGGAAGAUUUAAAAGCACAUUUUGACCCGCCGGUAGGUAAGUGAUGUUGCGGGACUUAGAUAAUUGGUAUGCAAUGUCUUCGGCGGCUUCGAUUCGACGUAAUUCAACCAGACCCUCUCCCGCAGUGCCAAAUGACUUUGCAAGUAAUAUGGCUGCCUGGGCAUCGCCUUCAGCAGCUAUGACAGCUGCUUUUUUCUGCUGUUCUGCUUUCUCUACAAGGAAUCUGGCUUUUUCAGCGUCUUGUUGUGCUACUUGUUUCAAUUCAACGGCUUGCGUAAAUUCUUUACCAAAUGUAAGAUGUGUGAUUGAAAUGUCAUCAAGGAUAAGACCAAAUUGACCUGCUCUUUCUGUCAAACUUUCACUAACCUUUUGUGAUACAAUCUGAAAAGAUAUUUUUUU